AUGUCCAGCGACGUUGCGGCAUUUCACAAAGUGCUCGGUCGGGCGAAGCGCAUCCUUGCGAUCUGCGGAGCAGGUCUGUCCGCGUCGUCCGGACUGCCCACCUUUCGGGGCGCGGGCGGGCUCUGGCGCAACUACGAGUCGACGUCGCUCGCAACUCCCCAAGCUUUCGCGCGUGAUCCUGGCCUCGUAUGGCUCUUCUACGGCUACCGUCGUCACGUGGCAUUGGGAGUCAGCCCAAACGACGGACACCGGGCACUUGCCAAGCUGGCUGAGCGACAACCUGGUUUCCUGUGUCUUACACAGAACGUAGAUAAUCUUCACGAACGCGCUGGGCACUCCGUCGGCCAGUUGCGCCACCUCCAUGGCUCGCUGUUCGACCUCAAGUGUUCGAACCGCCGAUGCGAUUGGGUCGAGCAGAACAACCAGGAUGAUCCCCUGUGCCCCGCCCUGGCGCCUUCUUCGAUCGACGCCGCUCCCGGGGAGAGAUUGACCUUGCUCGAUCCGGCUCAGGAACUGGAGCCCAUCCCCGAGUCGGAGCUGCCGCACUGCCCGCGGUGCAAGAAGGGACUGCAGCGACCGGGUGUGGUGUGGUUCGGCGAGCAGUUGGACCACGCGAUGCUGGCGGAAGUCGACGCGUGGAUCGACGCCGGAUCGGUCGACAUCGUACUCGUUGUCGGAACAAGUUCCGUGGUGUACCCAGCGGCUGGGUAUGCCGAGCGGGCCCGGAGCGCGGGAACUAGCGUCGUGACUGUCAACCUGGACGCGGACAUUGACGAGUGCAGACCAGGAGACUUUGCGUUCGCUGGGGAUGCUGCCAAGCUUCUACCGGAGUUGCUUGAGCCAGUUAUCGGCAAGUUGUAGGACUGCAUUAUAUGACAUAUCGAAGAAACGGAGACAAAAACUGCAUACUAAACAUUAUUGUCACUGGUAGAGUUGCUGCGACCAUCAGGCAGAGCGACGUACGGGUGAAAUUCAUCCCUUUUC